UCCAUGUCUGACAUGCGCAGAGCCUGAAAGCAGGAGACGAAAGGGAAACUGUAAAUCCGAGAAAUUGCUGGGAAAUUCAUUUAUUUCAGUUCCCCUCUUAAUCGUUUAUAAUGGGGAAUAAGUCAAAAAGUGGCAGUGACGAAGGUAGGACAUGUGCUCGGAGAACAGCCUGCGUAGUUUAAUACAUAUCGAUACUUCGCUAGAUAAUCUCUUGAUUGAAACACGAUUUAAAAAAAAGUUUAGUGGCUCCGACUUUACCAGAACUUGUGCCUAACUUGGUUUUCGCUCGCGAAGAUACCUCAAAUGUAUACAUCUGAAAAUCUCGUUUUCUAGCAUGUCUUUCAUAACUUCAUAACGUUUACAAUGCGGAACAAGUGGUUAUUAUUAUAAUAUAGACAUAUAAGGCUACCUCGACUCCUGGAUCACAUUGCUUCACCGAAACACUCUCAGUAAUGUCAGCAGUGGAGAUCCAGCCUACAUCCUUUCCCAUGUCUAGCUCCCCUUCUCCCGGUGACUCCAUCUCUCUGCUGGAGGCCAAGGAAGACACUCGGUUGGUGCUGAAUGCUUUUCUUCGGCAAACUCUCACCCUUCCUCAUUCCCAGCGCCCUGGGAGGGUUGGUGGUGCAUACAAAGACAGCAGCAAGUUCAGUGCGAGUAAGAAGGAGAACCAGAGGUGGGUGGACGAUGGCUGGGACUCUCUUGAUGAGAAGAUCAGUAAUGCGGAGGAGAAGAAACAUGGCUUUAAGGACCUAAUUAAGAAGAGACUGCGUCGCCGGCGCCUCGCAGGGUCAGUGCAUCAGAAGAAGGAUACCCCAAAUGCAGAACCGAAAGUGGAACCAAUGCAGAAAGAUGUUAAACCAGAGCUACCCAAGCUCAAGGAUUCUGAGAACAGCCACCGCUCUAGUACUAAGUCUAAGUUACCUAAGCAUGAACCAGAAGACGGGUACGCAUCCACACCUUCCUCGGACGACGAGAGCGAGAGGAAGGACAAAAAGACAAAAAAGAAGUUGUCAGGCUUCUCUUCACUGAUACGGAAAUUCCGACUGUCCAAGAAAGAAGAUCAACACGAUGAGAACUCGCGCCCUAAGAGGCCCAGUAACCUCGCAAUUUCGCCAUUCAAAAAACCUACUGAUCCGGCUAGUGCCUCUCCACACUCUCCUUCAUCUCACCCUCCUCAAUUCUAUGAAGACGUGGCAGAAACCCUGGACAAAAUUGCUCAGAAACACAUUGUGACCAAACCAGCAUGGCCCUCCUCGGACAGCCAGCCCACAAUCACAGCAGAAAGCAAAGACAAGGAGGCCGCUGUGAGGCAACUAGUUGAUAUUUUAUCAAUGCAAGGGGAUGCCAUUAACAAGAAGAUCAAAGAAGACCCAUUUCUGAAAUCGACACUGGCCAGUCUCUCUUAUCCGUCCUUUGCGAAGUUGCUCGACAUGUUUGCCGAUGAAAACGAGGGUCCAGUCCCCACCCAGUCUGACAGUACCACGUUGUCCCACAUUGCGGUGACGAUGGAGGCGUCCCGGCGGAUCCUGACAGCCAACGGCACACAGAGGAUGCAGGGCUAUGCAGAACGCUACAUGCUAAAAUUCGUCCCCUUGGUGCAAAGUCAGGGUGGAUGGGAGAAGAUAGUCCAGUUACAAAAUCUUUCUGAGUAUGAUUAACUAAGAGGACUGGUAGAACAAUAAUUUUCUUCUGAACUGACAUGAAUUGACUGGAACAACCAAGGGAAAUAGAUGGUGAUCCUCCUAACACAUUUAACUGUUAUUUGUUAUUCUACUAUUGUGCAAUAGUAUUGAUGUUUUUAUACAAAAACUUCUAAUGUAGAUACUGCAUUCACAAACUGAGAUGGCAUAUUUUAUAUAUUGCAGUAGAGCGGCUCAGUGGGUAAUGCUGUGGCCUCACUUCCAAGGUUGUGGGUGCGAUACCCCUAUGUUUAAUGGGCGUUUCCUCCUUCUGCUUAGAUUUCAGUUUCCAUCAGUGUAUAUGUGUCCCCAAAUGAACUCACACUCUUUAUAGAGUGAAUGUUGCCCUGUGAUAUAUCCUUGCACUGUCUCCAUGCUCAGUGUAACACGGCUUUGAAUAACUGACUGGAAAAUGUGAAAUUAAUGUGAAAAAUACAUUACAGGGCAUUUCUGCACGGUCAAAAAAAUCAGAGAAAUCAGAAUCAUACUGUUGGGGAAACAGAAUAUUAUUCCCUGACACCGUCAAAAAAUCUGUAACAUAGGCAUAUAACACAUGUUUAGAACCAGUUACUCAGUACAGUGCUGCAGCAUUAUCCCAGAAAUCACAGGGCAGGAGGCAGAGAUCACCCUAGGUGGGCUACCAGCACAUCACAGGGCUCACACACUAGGGGCAAUUUAGAGACUCUGCUCACCGUGCUGCAUCACUUUACACAGGCGAUCUGGGGUGAACAUGCAAACUUACACUCAUUGCUGGGAUUGGGUAUCUAACCCAAAACCCUGGAGGUGUGAGGUUCUACCCACUGAGCCAUCAUGCCACUGAUAUGUGACUGUAAAUAAAUUGUAUGUAAAGUGUCUAAAUACCUCAAUCGGGUACUGUGUAAAUGAUUGAAGGAUGGAUGUAUGGACUGACAAUAUAUAAAAAUACAUACAACACAUUCAA